UAUGCGUAGUGAAUGCAAACAGACGACAAAUUCAGAGUUUUUCUGAACUGUACUCGGACAUUUUUUCUUCUUCACGACAGGUUUCGUGCUCCAAUGGAAGAAGUGUGACCCAUGUAGACGUUCAAAUUGAAUCAUGCGAACCCAUUGUCAUCCAGUAUGAUCCUUCAGUCUCCAAUCAUCCAACCCAACAUCUGGACUCAGGACUCGGAAAAAAACUCUUAACACAGAACGCAGAACACUUGACAAUCACGAUGUAAAGCCGUCUCCCAGCCCCUCUUGUUCCUAUAGUCAAGACCCUAACUCCAUUGUCAGAAACAUGACUGGAUAUUUGUGUGGGUGAUCAGAACACUGAAGCACUGAUUUAUUCAAACGACCAAGGAGAACCUAGACAUUUUUCUUAUUGUCAAGUGCUGAUAUAACACUUGAGUUAGCACGGAGAAUUCUUGAUUUUCUGUAAAUUUGACAGAACAAGUGCUGAGCAGUUUCUUGAAGGAGCUUGGUUGAGGUUACUGCAAAGAUUUACCAAGCAGAGAGUAUUACAAAACCCUAAUGAAGCCAUUUGGAUGCCUUACUUGGACCAGGAAGCACAUCAACAAGCUUAUGAAGGCCAUCAACUGAGACAUGGGAUGCUCAGCAACAAAGACAGUGCCACAGGAGCAUCCAACUCCUGACAAGGGCAGGAAUAAUGUGGACAUUCUCAGGAAAGAUAAAGAUACAGGGGUCAGAAGUCCGAAGUCGAGUUCGGAAAAUGGUAGAAAGACCCCCGAGACCUACAACAGCCAGAACGGUGGACAGACCGGUGGGCAGACGGGUGGUCACACCGGUGAACAAACCUCAAAGGAAGAUAUCAACAAACUACCUUCGGAGCUUAAUGCCUCGAAGGACUUAGGUAAUCGUAAACUACAAAGGAAAGAAACGCCAAUUUCGGGACCUUUAGCUCCAAAUAAAGCGAUCUCGCAGAGUCAAAUGGAGUUCUUCAAGCUUUUAGAUGAGAAAAUCGAAAGGGGGGUUGAGCUUCCCGAGGAUGAUGAUGUAACAUAGCCCAUGGCUUCCCCCAUGACUCUAGCACUGUGUGGAGUCUGGGCACAAGACUUUCUAUAUUAUAUUACAUCUGUUGUUAAGAUGUAUUGAAAGACUGAUUGCCUUGGUUGGCCAACAAACUAUACGAAGAAGAAAACAUGACCAGACGUUUUGGAAUUUCACCCAGUCUUACGCAAAUCUUUGUCCUUUGAUCUUUAGACUUGAUAAAAAAGAUAGUUGCAGCCUGUAUCCCAGAUUUCGUACUUCAAGAUUUGUGUUUGCUUCAUCUGAAAGUUACUCCAAAAGAAUACGUCUGAAUAUUGAUCAACAAAACUGCAUGAAAUCAUCUAAAACCAUCAAAAUAAAACAGCCCUGCUAGUACAGUCCACAUCAGCUGAGCAUCAAGUUCCGAUAACCACGGAUUUGUAUCAAGCCUUCCGCAGUUUCUUCUGUGUGUUGUCAUCCAUGUCAUGUGAUAGUCGUAUGGAGAGCAGUAGCUUGUACGCAAUUUCUUCUGAUCUCCUGUUUUGAUUAAUAAACAACAUCUGCAUGCCCUCAAAUGUAGAGAGACACCAGAAUCAACUGUACGCUAAGAAAAAUCUAUAAUAUCACCUCAUUCCAAACAAAUUCACAAUCUGUAUUUCUUGGAAUAUCGGACUCAGCCAAGAGUGUAUGUAAUGUUGCUAGAGACAAAUUGUCUUUGCAAUGCAAUAAUGAGCUUAAUUUUUCCAACAUGGAUUCUUCAUAAUGAGCUGACCAAUCGAAGAAUACAUGACAACACGCUAAGCACGUAAGGAAUCGUUUCAUCAAAGUACAAGCCUAGACAGGUUUACAAUCCCAAGAUGAACCAACCAUCUCUGUUACACCAUCCCUGUAUCUACAAGACAUCAUGUAGCUGAGAUGCAAGAUAUCGAUUAGAAAGCAGCCGAGCAAGACGCAAUCAAUGUAAACAGAUGCUCCCCCGGUCAUCCAACUAGAAGACAAGAUUGUCAACUCGCGGAUAACGAGUAAAGAGAUUAUUCUGUGUCUCUCAAAGGCAGAUUUGACAUCCACUAAGAGCAAGCCUCACGGAUUGCUGGCGGCCAUGUCUGAAUAAGUGGCUGUGGCUUGAUCUUUACAUCAUCAUGCAUUGAAGUGUAGGGUGUCCUUAGCAGCUCCCUUAACACAGCCAUAACCGUAGCCGCAACAUGAUUACGCGGAUCUUGGCAUAAAUUGUUCAGUAAUGAAACUAGCUCCAUAUGGUGUCAUAUUUGCAAGAGGUGGGGCUUGGGAGCGGGCAUAAAUGUGACCAUUCUUGAUGGAUACACAUCUCCUGAUGAAUAUUUUUUAAACAGGGAAUUCUACCUCCAUGUUUUCAGUAUUGUUAAAAACAGCUCCAACUUAUAAGUUAAACAUAUCUUUGUUCAUUCAUGAAUUUCACUACUUUUUUUUAUUGAAACCAGUAUUGCUAUUUUGAGCACCCAAUCACGCAAGCAUACAAGCAAGCAGGUAAGCAUGUAAGCAAGCAAGCAAGCAAGCAAGCAAGCAAGCA